UUCAACGUUCCCCUCAGUCCCUCACCUUCCUCCCCCUCCCCGCGAUGCCCUGGUGGAAGAGCGCCGCCUACUCCAGGUCCACCUCCCGCAUCCCCGGCGGAUACCUUGAUCCGGACCACCAUCUCCCUAGGCAGCGGCGGCUGCGCCAUGUCGACGACAUCGAGGUCGGGGUCUCCGCGCUCCACCUGGACGAUUCGCUCGCCGCCGCGCGGUCAUCCUCGUAUCCAGCGAGGAGGGAUGCGGUCUGGUCUGGGCUCACGUCCGCGAGCUCGGCGCCGAUCUCGUCGUCGCAGAGUAGCAUGGAGGUGCCGCCAGCGAGGUCGUCGUCGAAACCCAUGCCAUUGCCACACCCUCUGCCGCUGCCGCACGAGGAGGACGCCGAGGUGGCGCCAGCGAGGUCGUCGUCGAAACCCAUGCCAUUGCCCCACCCUCUGCCGCUGCCGCACGAGGAGGAGGCCGCUCCGUCAUCCUCGGACCAAGCGACAACGGACGCGAUCUGGUCUGAGCUCGCGGAUCGGAUCUUGAGGUCACGGAGUAGAAUGGAUGAGACGCCGGCGAGGUCGUCGUCGGAACCCAUGCCGCUGCCCCACAAGGAUGACGCCGCAUACUCAGCGAGGAGGGACGCGGUCCCGGUGAAGAUGGGGGGCGGUCCUGAUUCCGCUUCGCUUGAGGCGGAAACGGAGGAUCCCAUCACGGCUUUGCUCGGCCCCAUGGGUCGCCUCCUCCGGCGACUCCAUUCAAUCGAGGCUUCCGACCACCCUCUGCCAGAGGGGAUUAGUGCGAACGGGGUCCGGCUUCUCAGAGAAGGUCUAGAAGGAUUGUACGACCACCUCAAGGAUGUGCCGGAUACAGAUCUGGACCCUGGUGUCACGCCCAAAUGGUGGAUCAAGGAAGUUCGGGAACUUGCUUACGACACGGAGGACUUGUUCGACGAGGUUAUGCAAUCCGGUGCCGGUGAUGGCGUUGCUGUCGGCAGAAGCUCUCCUCUUGGUACCACCAUAAUUGGGAUUAUCAGUAAGCGGAAGCAGCGCCUGCCCCAGAUUGCACUGGAUUUCUCACAUUUAAUGGCUCGUUUGGAUGAUGCGAGAGAAAGAUGCAAAAGUUUCCAGCUUGCUCCGGAGACAGCCAUCAAACCUGACCAUGGGCAAGCCAGUACCAGCCGCCACACACCUGACCUGCCCCUCGACCUGCCGGUGUCGGCCGUGUCAAUCUCCAAUGCCCAUGUGAACACCGCUGGCUGUAGCCUAGUUGGUGUAGAACAACCCAUGAAGAAGCUUGUUCACUUGCUGGCUUUCGGCGAGGACAACCAGAAGCAACUCAAGGUAAUACCUAUCUCUGGAUCUGCAGGAGUGGGAAAAACUACGGUUGCCAGAACCAUAUAUCAUCAGUACGGAGGGGAGUUCCAGUGCCGGGCUUUUGUAAGGGUGUCCCGAAAUCCUGAUAUGAGGAGGCUUCUCACCAGCAUCCUCUCACAAACAAAGGCACCAUGGACUCAUGCCUUUUCUCAUGCGCAGGACCUUAUUGACAGUAUCAUCGAACAUCUUCAAGGAAAAAGCUACUUCAUUGUAGUCGAUGAUUUAUGGGCAUCAUCAGAAUGGGAUAUUAUUAGCCGUGCUUUUCCUUAUGGUGAUCGUUGCAGCAGAAUACUGACAACCACGCAAGUUGAGGAUGUAGCAUUAGCAUGCUCUCGUUAUGAGUCAGAAUACAUAUUUGAGAUGAGACCUCUUAAUUAUGGUGAAUCUCAGAAAUUAUUCUUCAAUAAUGUUUUUGGUUCCGAAUGUGAAGGUGCUUGCCCUAAAGAGUUUGAAGUAGUUGCAGAUAGGAUUAUCAGGAAAUGCGGUGGUUUACCGUUAUCAAUUGUAAGUAUAGCAAGCCUGUUGCUCCCAAGCAAGUGGAACCCUGCAAUGUGGGAGAAGGUAGAAAGUUCUCUACCCUCCACUUUGAGGACAGAUCCUACUUCCCAAGGGAUGAAAGAUGUUAUAAUCCUUAUUUACAAUAAGCUUCCACUUCACUUGAAGGCAUGCUUGCUCUACCUUGGUAUGUAUCCAGAGGGCCGCACUAUCAUGAAGGAUGAUUUGGUGAAGCAAUGGGUAGCUGAAAGUUUGGUCAGUGACACUGAUUAUGGUUGCUUUGACGAGCUUGUCAGAAGAGGUAUGAUCCAGCCUGUUGACACCAACUACGACGGGGAGGUUUUGUCAUGUACAGUUAACCACAUGGUAAUGGAUCUUAUCAGGUACAAAUCCAUUGAGGAGAAUUUCAUCAUUGUUGUGAAAUAUUUUGAAUCAACUCUGCUGCUUCCUGACAAGGUUCGUCGAUUGUCCCUCCAGUUCGGAGGUUCAAAAAGUGCAAAGAUACCAGAAAGCAUCAGAGUGUCCCAAGUUCGAUCACUUCUGUUUUGUGGAUCCUCCAGAUGUGUGCCUUCCAUUCCGGAUUAUGGCAUUCUCCGAGUCCUGAUUCUUCAUAUUUGGGCUGAUCAAGAUCAGAUGAGUUUUGACCUCACUAGAAUCAAUGAGCUAUUUCGACUGAGAUAUCUGAUGGUUGAAUGUAAUAUCACCAUCAAUUUGCCAGACAAGAUUAAAGGAUUACAAUACUUGGAGACACUGCAAUUAGAUGGAAGACUAUCCGCUGUUCCAUCAGAUAUUGGUCAUUUGGAGAAUUUACGGCACCUCUGCCUUCCAAGCGAGGCUAAUGUGAGGGACCUUGACAGGCUGACCAAUCUCCAGGAUCUUCAUCUCACCCUUUCUACAGCACAUCCAAUUGAGAAUCUGGAGGUUACCAUGAAAUGCAUGGGCUCAAUUCUCCACAAACUCAACAACCUCAAGUCUAUAAUUCUGGCAUCUGCAGGUUCCUUUCCCAUAAAUACUUCAAGUCUGAGCAUUUCGUGUGAUGGCUUGAGCAACGUGUCCCCUGUUCUGGCCCAUCUUGAGAGACUUGAGCUAUUGCCACAGGUUUGCAUCUUUCCCAGCCUCCCAAAGUGGUUUAAAACACUCGACAAACUCUGCACUCUAAAGAUAGCAAUUAGAGAGUUGUCGAACAGUGAUAUGGAUAUCGUUAAAGGAUUGCCUGCCCUCAGUGCUCUCUGGCUGUAUAUCCAGACAGCGCCGACAGAGACGAUUGUCUUUGGCAAGUCCGGAUUUUCAGCUCUCAAGUACUUCAAGUUGAGGUGCAGUGAACCUUUGCUGAAAUUCGAGGCUGAUGCAAUGCCUAAUCUUCGGAAGCUCAAAUUAGUCUUCAGUGUCCAGGAAGUGCAGCAGCAUAGAGUUGUACCUAUCUGCAUUGAGCACCUGGCAGGGCUUAAAGAGAUAUCCGCGAAAAUUGGGGGUGCAGGUGCUGCUGGCACAGAGUCUGCCUUGAGGAUUUCUGUUAGCAAUGAUCCAAAAAAUCCAAAAAUCAACUGUCAACUGGUGAACUGGAACUUCUAUGCUGAAGAUAGAAUUAUAGCGAUACCAGACCAAGCAGCCAUAAUUAUAGAAGAACGGGGUGAGAUCCUGGAGGAAAACACAGAAUAUGAGUACAAAGGGGAAGAUGGGGACAGGCAAGCUGAUAGCGGGACUUCUACGCUGCCGGAAUCCUCUCCCUCGUUCCCUUUGAGACCCACCGGCCAGCUAUAUGGCCAGAGGCUCCUUUCUGUGUGGUCCAGGGCCAGGCACACCUUGAAAGCCGUGCCCCGCACCUUGAAAGCCAGGCCCCACACCUUGAAACCUGCCUCUGAGGGCCACGACGGUCUCCUCUGGUGGUACAACCUCGUGCCAUGCAACGCCGGUGAGCUCUCCAUGGCCUAUGUUCAGGCUAAUAGGCUGAUGGAGGACCAUUGUCGCGUAGAUUCAUCUCCUACCCUCGGCACCUUUGUUGGUAUUUUUGAUGGUCAUGGUGGUGCCGAAGCUGCCCGCUUCACUGCUGAGCAUCUCUUCCCUAAUAUCCAAUCCGAAGCCACGUCUAGCUGGCAGGGCGUGACAGAGGAAACCAUCAGGAAGGCGUUCCUGGACACAGAUGAAAGCUUCAUCGCUCAUGUCGAGAAACAAUGGUUAGUCAAGCCCCAGCUUGCCGCCGUUGGGUCAUGCUGCCUUGUCGGCGUCGUGCACCAGCGGACACUCUUCGUCGCCAACCUCGGGGACUCCCGGGCUGUUCUCGGGAAAGUUGGUCUCAAUGGGAAGAUUGACCCAGUGCAGCUGACCACUGAACAUGUUGCCUCUGACGAGAGUGUCAGGCAGGAGCUCAGGGAUCAGCACCCCGAUGAUCCGCAUAUUGUGGUGCUUAAGCAUGGUGUCUGGAGAGUGAGAGGCUUCAUACAGGUGUCCAGAACAAUAGGUGACGCAUACUUGAAACAUGAGCACUUUAACAGGGAACCGCUCCAUAGUAAGUUCAGGCUUCGGGAACCAUUCAGCCGGCCUAUAUUGAGUGCCAACCCAUCUAUCAUGUCACACAGUCUUCAACCAAGUGACCGUUUCAUCAUAUUUGCCUCCGACGGUCUGUGGGAACACUUGAGUAAUGAGACAGCCGUCAAGAUUGUUCACAAACAUGGGCGUACUGGAAUUGCGAGAAGGCUUAUAGAAGCAGCUCUCCAGGAAGCGGGGAAGAAACGAGAGCUUACUUUGAAAGAUAUCAUGAAGAUCGAGAGUGGCGUUCGCAGGCAUUUCCACGAUGAUAUAACCGUGGUUGUCUUGUUUAUAGAUCAUGGCCUAUCAGCGAAAGAUCAUGCACAAGAAAGCCGGGCCCUUUCCAUAAGUGUACCUUCGGGCCUCGGCGAUCUAGCCUGGGCGUAACUUUGGUUUUACUGUGCUCGCCCGUCGAACUAGAGUAUGUAUGAUGAUUGAUCACUACUUUGAUGCUGCUGUGCUCGUCUGUCAAACUGUGUAUAAAAUGACCUCGAAAACCCUUUUAUCCAGAAAAAGGUGCUUUAACCCAACA